AAAGUAAAAAAAAAACCCGAUCUGUAUCGGUGCUGUCAGAUAAGUAAACUGUUGAUGCCUUCACUACCCCGACCGCCGCGGGGGGGAGGGGGGGUCACAGCCGUGAGAAUGAUGUAAGAAUCAAAUAAUGUGAUUGGUUGUGCUCGGCUGGCGGCUUAACAACACGGUGGACGUCGUGUGUGCGUCGGGGAGCCAGAAGAUGAGUUGAUCUCCAGCAAAACAGGCUCGAAAAUGGCAACAUACAACGCCGAAGGGCACUCUGUUGUGCUGGAGGUGAGCCCAGACAUCCAUAUCUGCGGCUUCUGCAAGCAGCAGUACAAUAAUGUCCAGGUCUUUCUCGCCCAUAAGCAAAAUGAAUGCUGCCUACCCACCUCUGACACACCGGCCACCUCUGCAGCAGCCACUCUCACAGAUUCCAGUACUGAGUUAGUUUUCGCGGAAACCUACCAGACCUGCUUUAUGAGAGGUGUCAAAAAGAUCCUGACCAAAGCACAGAAAACACCUUCCAAAAAAUUAAAACCUGCCCUGACUUCAAAGAGACACAGCUGCUGUUUCUCAGGUUGCACUUUUAAGACACAGUAUGGCCAAAAAGACAUGGAGCGGCAUCUCAAAACCCACACCGGUGAAAAGCCGUUCGAAUGCGAGCUGUGCCACAAGCGCUUCAGUCGACGGGACAAGCUCAACAUGCACAGCCGCUCACACACUGGCGAGAAGCCGCACAAGUGUAAACAUUGUCCCUAUGCAGCAGCAGACAGCAGCAGUCUGAAGAAGCACCUGCGCAUCCACUACGACGAACGGCCUUUUAAAUGCCAGAUCUGUCCGUACGCCAGCCGCAACUCCAGCCAGCUCACCGUGCACCUCCGCUCACACACUGGGGAUGCACCUUUCCAGUGCCAACAGUGUGAUGCAAAGUUCAAAAUCAACUCAGACCUGAAGAGGCACAUCCGGAUUCACUCCGGCGAAAAGCCUUACAAGUGUGACUUUUGUGAAUACCGCUGCGCCAUGAAAGGCAACCUGAAGUCUCACAUUCAGAUCAAACACGGCACUGAGAACUCCUUCCGCUGCGAGCACUGUGACUUCCAGUGUGCCAACAAGACUGCUCUGCGGCAACACACGCGAGAACACCAGCCCGUUCAGCCCAUCCAGUGUUCCAAGUGCACUUACUCCUGCUCCAGCAAGGGGGCGCUCAAAGUCCACGAGAGGAUCCACUCAGAGGAGCGCCCCUUCAAAUGUGACUUCUGCAACUUCGCCUCCAAGCAGCGCAGCAACCUUGUCAUCCACAAAAAGAAGUGCCACUCGGAUACGCCUGAAAAGGGCAGCGGCGGGAAAGGUGGCAGAGGUGUGGGGAAAAGCGGAGGAGGUGACUCUCCAAAGUCCGUCGGCUCCAGAUAUCGGGCCAAACUAGAUGCGGCUCGAGCUUUCUGCUGUGACUCGUGCGACGCUUGCUUUGUGAGGGAAGACUCCCUGCGCAGCCACAAGAAGCAACACAGAGACACUCAGAACGUGUUGCAGCUGCAGCUCUCCACCCCAGCUGAUGCAGUCAACCUGGUUCCUGUAACAACGUCACAAAGCGACACCCAGCUUGAAGUUCCCAUCACGUCUGACUCCAUGGCUCCCUACAGCAGUGCACAGCUUAAAAUCAUCGUAUCUCACCCUCUGGGCCAGGAGAACAGCUUAAUUCCAGCUGGUGUGGAUAGUCAGAAUAAGACCAACAUGGUCCUGCUGAGCCCAGAAAGCCAGGACAUGGUAGUCAACUCCAUGAUCCAACAGGUCAACCUGCUGGCGCCUAUGCAACCCCUCGUGUCGUCCCAGACUGCAGAGGCCACCCUCGAACCCCAGACGGUCCUGUUGACACAGCUCAGCCCCGACGACACCAGCAACCCGCUCCACCAGGCCCUGCUGCAGACCGCAAUAACCGCGCAGGACUCCAGCAGCGGCUCGCAGACCUUCAUCACGACCUGCUCCGAACUGGAGGGCCUCAACGCCUUGAUCCAGGAGGGUGGAACGGAGGUUACAGUGGUGACAGAAGGUAACACCACCAUGGUGACCACGGCAACUCCUCCCGACAUGGUGUGCGGUCCAUCGGAGGACAUGUCCAAGCAGGCAGGGACAGUGACGGUGGAGGAGUGUGCCUUACCCUGUGAGGAGAGUACUUUACUGGUGCCAAACAUCAGCCUGGGCAGCCAGAACAUGGUCAUCCACGGAGUUCCACUCAUAGUGUCCGCUCAGCCACAGCAGAGUGCAAUAGAGCAGCUCUCUCCUCACACACUCUACGCAGAUUCACACACGCUGGAAGGCAUCCCACAAUGAGUGUGGGGUGGGGGGGUUCCGGUGUAGUUUGUCUGAAGACUGUGACUGCAUCAUAAGCUAUUUGUUUUGCCAGUGAGAACUCUUACGCCUAAAGGUUACACAUGUGCAGGCCAUUAGCAGUAACGGCUUUUGUUUCUAGCAAUUUAAUCAUUAACCACUGAAGUAACAAUGCUGUUGACUUUGGGGACAUAAUUGUUUCAGUUUUCCGAUUUUAGAAUAAUUAAUUGUCGUCGUAGCACAAUAGCUCAAUCCAGAAUGUUUUCAUGUUUAACGUUGAAUAACUUUUGAAUGUGAAAGUUAAUCAUUUGGACUUAAUUCUAAUACUUUAUUUUGUCUUUUUUUUUGGAAGCGUCAAAAUUAAAAUAAACCUUAUAUUAAAUAAAUUAUUUUAUGAUUAAUUAUUUAAUUAAAAUAAGGUUUAUUCGCAGCCGACAUCUGACAAGGUCUGAAACAAGUGGACACAGUUUGAAACUGAAUGUCUUUGUGCCAUGGAGUGCUCCGGGUUGUCCAGUAGGUGGCAGCAGAGUGGUACGAUUAAAGGGUGAACUGGG